AUGAGAUUCUUUGCCUUCGAUUGCUUGAUGAAGCUGGUUGCUCUCUUUGCCUUCCUAGUGAACACCGUCACAGCCUGCCAGCGAUCCCUCCCGCUUCCAUAUCGAGUGCUCCAUCAAUUUCCUGACCCUACAUACCUGCAGAGCCUCUACGUCCGCUCCAAUGGAGACAUCCUCGUAACCACUGCCUGGCCAAAUGGGACGAUAUACUACGUGUCUGGGCCCUCGACCAAGUCGCCCAAGGUCUCUCAAAUCUAUGAGUUUGAUCCAGAAGUCGCAAAUGUCGCAACAAGUAUCAUAGAAACACGGCCAGACGUGUACGCCUUUUACGCUGGAAAACAAGUGCAUCUAGGCAUCGGUAUCAACGGCACUUUCGGCGUCUGGGAGCUUGAUCUUCGUCCAACUCGCCGUCGGUUCAACCCUGGGAAGCCGAUCGUCAAGGAGCUUGUUCACAUACCUAACGGCGGUCUGUUAUCCGGAUUGGAUGUGAUCCCAGACAAGCCGAUUGGCGUGGUAUGGCAUGUCGACACCGUCGCUCGCAAGUACAAACUUGGAAUUGAAGAUCCGAGCAUGCGUGGUCCUCCCUGGGCUCCUACACAGUUCGGCAUCGAUGGUAUACAGUACCACAAAGGCUACCUGUACUGGACCAACAGUUUUGAGGCCAGAAUUUACCGUAUCCGAAUGACACGUCAAGGAUUUGCAGCUCCAGGCGCCAAGGGCGAGCUCGUUAAAGAGAUCCGCUCAUUCUUCCUCGACAACUUUACCUUUGGCCCGCGCAACGGCGACACUAUGUGGAUUGCGACCAACGCAGAUAACCGUCUGAUUACCGUCUCACCUGAUGGAAAUGUCACCGCUCCUUUGGGCGGCUCCCUGGUGACACUAAUACCCUAUACGCUAUAA